GUUUUAGUAUUUGGUGAGAGUUCUCCUCUAAGAGUUUCGCGCUCUCUGGUCUGGAGGUUCGAGGUUAGAGUUCUACUGCGCUUGCGCGACAUUCAUCGUGUUGUCGGUUAGUCUUCUCACUUCCCGCUGAUUCAGCGACAUCUUGUCAAGCACAAGAAUGGCUCAAGCAUUGAAAUCUCCACCAGAUGGAAGAGCAGGCCAUGAGAGUGUUGUAAUAGGAGAGAAAAUGUUUGUUUGGGGAGGAAGGACUCAGUCACUUGGUGUCUAUCACUCUCGAGUUAACUUGUUUAGUGUGAACAUGAUAUCUGGGGUGUGGGAUGCUCACACUGCUGAUGCUAAAGACAAACCAACACGUUGUGAAUCAGCAUGCAGUGCUGUAGUUGGCAAUACCAUCUAUUCAUAUGGAGGAGUGAUUAGUGUAUCACCAUUUCGAACAUUAGAUGAAUUAUACAAAUUGAACAUUGAGGAGAUGAGGUGGAGGAGAGUGGAAAUAGAAGGAACAAAACCUGCAGGAAGAUGUGGAGCAGCAAUGUGUUGUGUGAAUGGCAAACUUAUAAUGAUGGGUGGACAUGGUCCAAUGACAUCAGACAGACGACAUUCACAAGCUGAAUACAAGGAGAAUCCAUCCAGGAGUGGUUAUGGUUGGAACAAUGAAUUAUGGUCAUUUGAUGGUGAGACAGGUGAGAUGAGUUAUUGAAUAUGUUGCUGGUUAUGAGUUUGUAGGAGAUUUUAGUUUACAGUGUUUGCACAACAUCUUAAACAAAGUCAGAUGAGACGACUUUUUCACAAGUUUUUUUACUAUUUUGUGAAGACAGUAACUAUUGCAACUGCAAAGUUACUUUAAAUGUUGCUUGUAUUUGCCAAAUUUGUUUGUUUGUUAGUUGUGUAUUUAUUAUACAGCUAACCACUGCCAUUUACUGUAAAGGUAGAUGUUAUUUCUUCUCACACUUUUGUGGGGUAAAAUGUUGACAGCUUUAAGAUUUUGAAAUUAUGGCACGUGGUUUUAUUUGUCAAUAUAUUGAAGUGCAGCCAAUGGAUGUUGAAGUAAAGUUUUUGAAUUGUGUUAAUUAACAACUCCUUACAUGUUAGCAAUCUCUUGUGUAACAUAGAAGUGAGGAUGCUAGAUGUUGUGGUGAAAUGAUUCAUACUUGU